CGGAUGAUUGACAGCUGAGCGGCUUAAAGCCCGAGAGACGCAGCAGAAACAAUCACAAACAGGAGGUUAACGCACAUUUUCUACACUUUCCUUCACUUCCUGGAGUUAAAAACCGACAGAAGCGGAGACGGAGGAGGUCCGGGGCCGGCGGCCGGCGGAGGCGGCCCGUCCAUGACGCCUCGGCGGCGGCACAGAGGGGAGCGGCCGCUCGGCGAGCCCAGGGACAGAGCCUGAUCCUGGGCGGAGGGAGGCGGGUGGUGAACCCCCCCCACCCUCCACCGGUGCCCACGUCAGCCGGGACAUGCUGUAGCCGCCCGGCGGCUCCGUCAAAAGUCACCAUGAUGGCCUCGGUGGUUCUCGGGGGCAUCCGGAGGAAGUCUCUCACGUUGAGAGGCGUGGACCCGGAGACGUGUAUGAUCGUGUUCAAGAACCACUGGGCUCAGGUGGUGAAGAUCCUGGAGAAACACGAGCCGGGUCGGGGCAGCUCUGGUGCCUUGAGCUUCCUCUCCGGUCACGGCGGCGGCAGUGGUGGCUCUGGAUCGUUGCGUCUUGGUCCGAUUCCGGCCGAUGAGGCCAGCGCCGUGCAGAACUACGUGGAGCACAUGCUCUUUUUACUGAUGGAGGAGGAGGCGGGACAAGGUGGAGCGAUGGGGCCCAUCCUGGAGUUCGUGGUGUUGGAGGGCGUGAUGGAGCGGCUCUUCCUGUGGAGCCUGAGGAGGCAGUUCACCGAGGACAUGAAGCUGGAGCAGCUGCGGAUGUACCAGAUGCUCCUGGCUCAGGCCCGGCAGCCUCUGCUGCACCAUAAACCCAUCCUGCGGCCGCUCAUGAUGCUGCUCGCCUCCUGCGCCGGGGCGGCAACCGACAGCGGCGGCGUUGUGGAGGCGGAGCUGGUCCUCCUGCUGAACCAGCUCUGUGUGGCUCUGGUCAAAGACCCCUCGGUCCUGGAACUGUUCUUCCACACCAGCGAGGACCAAGGAGCCGCCAACUUUCUGCUCUUCUCUCUGCUCAUCCCGUACACACACAGACAGGGUCUGGUGGGUCAACAGGCUCGGGAUGCUCUGCUGCUCAUCAUGUCGCUGUCGGCCUCGGAGCCGCGAGUCGCUCAGCACAUCGCCGAGAACACGUACUUCUGUCCUGUGCUGGCCACAGGUCUGUCCGGUCUGUACUCGUCUCUUCCAGCCAGGCUGCAGGUUUACAGUGAGGACUGGCACUGUCUGGACCAGGCCGACUGGCAGCAGGUUCCGGCUCUCGUCCACUUCCUGCACUCGCUGGACUUCUGCAGCGCCGUGACGAAGGUGGCUCAUCCCUCCAUCAGGACCCAGCUGCUGGGCUACAUCUACAACGGCUUCCUGGUUCCCGUGCUGGCUCCGGCUCUGCACAAGCUGACGGUGGAGGAGGUCAUGACCACCACGGCCUACCUGGACCUGUUCCUGCGCUCCAUCGCCGAGCCCGCCCUCCUCCAGACCUUCCUGUCCUUCAUCCUGCUGCACACGCACGACAACGUGCACAUCCUGGACACACUGGUCAGCAGGGUCAACACGCCGUUCCAGCUGGGGACGGUGUCGCUGGCGCUCUUCAGGACUCUGAUUGGUCUAUUCUGUGAGGAUGUGAUGCUGCAGCUGGUGUUCAGGUACUUGAUCCCCUGCAGCCACCUGAGCAGGACGCAGAGCUGCUCCCUGAAGCAGAGGGACUGUUACUCCUCCAGCGCCGCCUCCUUCCUGCUCCUCUUGCCCUCCUGGUGUCCCGUUUACCUCCACAACACCAGCACCCGCUCGGAGCACAUCCACUGGCCCAAAGGGGCAGAUCUGUCGGUGUCGGACAGCGUCGGUUACUGUCGAGGCUCGGACUUUCUGAUGGACGUAAACUACCUCCAGUACCUUUGGGACGCUCGCCAAGCUAUAUCCACUUCACACAGGGCUUGUAGCCUUUGGUCGGCUCCGUAUGACGGGAUCAACCCUUCGCCUCAAGAGUACCGGUCCGACACGCCAGGAUACGGCGUAGAAGACGAGGAUGAGCUCCCCCGCCGGGCCAAAAGCGAUUCCAUCUGCUCCUCGGUCAUCUCUCCUCUUCCCCCCGCCGUCUCCCCUGCGCCGUCCUCCACAGAUACCGUUUCCACGGGAAACCUCACCGGCAGAGCUUCCUCGGCUCUGGAGCUGGAGUGGGAUGACAUUUUUGGAGAUGAGGAUCAGUCUUCAUCGCCGGCACUAAACGUUGUUUUACCAAACGGCGGAGUGAUUAUGGAAGUGGACAGGUGUGGUUUUUCUCCAGUGCCUCCCCAACACCUCCAGGAAAUGCGACGCAGUGCGAUCAAGCUCGUGCACGGGGCUUACGUGGAAGAGUCUGAGUUUCAGGACGAUGUCCUGGUCUACGAUCUUGUAGCCCAAAAAGACACAAAGGCGGUCAUGCUGGAGAGGCUCAUGGCAGCAAAUCGCCGAUGUCACGGAAGCUUCUCAAAGGCUCAGCGAUUGGCAACAACAGGGAAGACGGUGAUAGACACAGUGAACAGCAUUAUGUCAACGAGGAGAAGGAGCGACGACGGAGGAAAAGAGGAUCGAAGGAACGUUGAUGAGCAUGUGAAGGAGAAGAGGGUGGAGGAUUUAGGAAAGGGGGAAGGAGAAGUUUUAGUACAGACAACUAUCAUUGAGGGCGAGCUCCUUGUUAAUGGGAUUCAUGUAAAGAAUCAUGUCAUCGACGAAUGUGACGACCCUCAUGAAGACAAACGCUCAUGCAAACCAAAUGGCACCUGGAAUGAUUUCACGCUUUGUAACAACCAUAUUAACACAACCCACCAGCAGCAUGCACAUCACAGCACACAACCACCCGACGUCGCCAAUGCUGUACCGAACGGCCAUCAGGAAUCUGAGCUGCAACACCUUUCCAAGUGUCCAACUCAAAGAGACUACAAAGCAGUGGCCAACAACAGCAACGGCUUCAUGUCCCAAUAUUACGAGCUCAUGCUCUCUUUGGGGGUGGAGCCAGACUGCGAUGAGUUUGGAGAGGAGAUUGGGAUGUUCAGGAGGCGCGUGCGAGCGCUGAGGCAGAAACUAGAGGAGGAAGAAGAGGGGCUGAGAGCUGAGUUUCUUUACGGCACCUCAUGGGACGAAGGAGAGGAUGAAGAGGAGGAGGAUGGCGAGGAGGAAGAAGUGAGAAAAAGCACUACGAAGAAAGACAGCAGGAAACAUGGAGUUCCAUUCACAGGUCCGUUCAUCAGCGUCCUGCUGUCCAGGCUGGAGAACCUCCUGGAAAACUCCAUCGCUGUCAAUCUGCUGGUGACGGGAAUCCUAGCCCAGCUGGCGUCGUACCCGCAACCUCUCCUGAGGUCCUUCCUGCUCUGCACUGAUGCACAUAACCAGCCCAACGUACGCACGCUUUACCAGGUGUUGGUGACGGUGCACGCUCAGAUCGAGCGCUACGUGGCUGCCAGACCAGACUACCCGGCCCUGGUCACGCAGGCCUGGAGGUUCUUGCUGGCCAAAGACCAAGACGGCAAGUUUCGAGAGUGCCUGCAGUCUCAGGGCGGCGACGUCCUCCUGGACCCGGCGCUUCCCAACGGCUCGGUGAGGAACGCCCUGCCCCUCCCCCCCCUCAGCGUCCUCCCGCCCUGCCCGCCGAUCCCCCCGCAGGCCAAGAGCCGCGUCUUCGCCAUCGUCCUGUUCGCCGAGUUCCUGAAGGAGCUGGCGGCCAUCGCCCAGGAGCACAGCAUCGCCCUGGAGCCGCUCCCAAACACGUAGCGCUCGUUCAAACUCCUCAGUGCACGUGAUGCAGCUGCGGCGAUUUCCCGUGUACGUUUGUAAAGAUGUCUAUACUCCUGUCAGCACUUGAAAACCUACUUUGAACAAUAUUUAUAAAGUGAGAUUAUUUUGAAGAUGAAUCAAUUCUGUGGGAUGCAAUAUUUCUCUUCAAUCUGCACGUGCAUUCGUUAAGCCCCGCCCCCUCUUAGUUACUGUUGCUAACUGUAAACAACCAUUGGAGCUGUUUGACCAUUUUUGCAUCUUAAAUCUGAUGCUACGAUGGUUCUCUAUGGGGUUUUACAUUGACGAUGUCCGGGUCAGUUGGUGGUUAAAUGCUAAUUGCUUCAUUUGCAUUUGGGGGCGGGGCUAAGCCAGAGGUCAGUUGUUUAAAUUGCAGGAUAAAGAGAUUUUGAUGCUGGAAAAAAAAAUGUGAGGAACCUUAAAAGCACUCAAGUGACUUUAGUGGACAUCUCUAGCUAAACAGGAAGUGGUUCAAACUCUGGGUUUUUGGUUCUUUCUUUGCAUCAUUUGCAUGUUUUACUGUGGAGGAGUUAUUACAAAUCAUACAUUGGAGAUGGGAGGAGCUAGAAUAACUGUUUGUGAAGGAAAGAAUGCUGACGGCGACAAUCGAGAUUGUCUUGUUUCUUCUGAAACUGAAAUUGGGAAUCCUCCCCAAUUUCAGUUUCUAAAGAAACCGACCAUCUCAAUUAAUUGAGCUAACAAAUCUCAUUCAAUUCCCCUGGGUGAAUCUGGAUGUGUUGCAAAGCACUAUGGGAUUGAUCCACAGACUGAAUGGGAUGAUUUUCUUGGUGUUUAUAAACCUAAUGUGUUAUUUUCCUUUUUGUUUUUUUUCUAAAUCUCAAUGCACUUAAUUUAUCAUUUGAUGAUGUCGUGUCAAAAAAACAGUUCUGGAGAAAUGUUAAGAUUUUAUGAUUCAGACUGGGAGUGCUAAAAAGAGACAUUGCAUAAAAUUGCGUUCCUUGUUGAUUUGUUUUGCACACUGAAAAAUAUGCGUCUUAUUUUAAGCUUUGUUUUUGAGAAUUUUGAGCCAAAUCUGAUGAAGUUUAUUAGCAGAAAAUACAGAAAAAAAGGUGAUGAAGUUUAUGGACCCAUUUACACAACAACUCAAGUGAAAAUUCAUCGUUUCAGGUGUUUCAGAAAAGUUUCACAUUUACACAGCAGUGUUUUGAAAUCAAUGUCUGUUUCCACGGCAACGGCAGAAACACUGAAAACAAUGUAGUUAGCAUGAUUGGCCAAUUGUUGGUGCUGUUGAUUGAUUUGUAAUGAAACCACACACACACACACAUGCACACGCACACACACACACACACAGCGGAGAACAAUACACUCCAACCAUUAACAAUGGGAGCAUUUCAACAGCAACAUUUUAAAAAAGUUACAUUUUUCCUAAUUGCCAAGCAGUCUGAGCGUUUUCGAAUGGCUCUACCUUCGAAGCAGUUUAAAAAAAAAAAACCAGCAGCCCAACACAACUUUCAUUUUCACUUGAAAAUGUGUAAAUGGAUCCUAAAAUGUCAUUUUUUACAUUUCUGCACCUCUGUGAUCAGUGUUGAUUUUUGUUUUUUUUAAUCUGCACACAGACUGAAGACAAAGCCUUAUUUUAGUGCAAAAAUGUGGGUUUUCUUCUUCUACGCAAAGAAUUUGAUGAAUUUUAUUUUCUCUUUCUAAAUUUCUGUCACUUGUGUGACUGUUGAUGUGAAAUGCUGAAUUUUAAGUCGACGUGUGUUUGGUCCACGAGGUACUGCAGAUCUGCCUGACCUGAACCUUCAUAGAUGUGUUGAACAUAACAAGCCGGACAAAUCUUGACAUUCAUGUCCUGACAUGAACUCAGAAUCAUGAACACAUUCGUUUUUCAUUCUCAGAAACAUGCACACACACCUGUUUCAUUUCUUCCCAAUGUAAAAGCCAAUAAACUGAUCCGAUCAUCAGA